AUGGGAUGUUCCAUGAGACGACUCGAGGGAUUGUUGUUUGUCGAGACGAGCACGUUGCCAUGCGCGGGGCUGACAACUUGGAAUGCGUUGUUUGGAUUACGGGGUUUGAAGAGGUUGGAGGAGGUAGAUGUUGUGCUUGUGCAGGGGACGGGGGGUGUUUCUCUUUUUGCGAUGCAGUUUGCGCGGGCAGCGGGAGAGACUGUAAUAACGACGACGAGCAGUGAAGCUAAAGCGCCGAAACUUGCUUCCUUGGAUGCGCAUCAUGUGCUUAACUACAAGACGGAUCCAAGUUGGGCGAAACCGCCAAACAGCUCAUACCCGACAAAAAGGGCGUACAUCUCGUUGUUGAUGUUGGCGGACUUGCGAUAA